AUGGCAAAGCUCAGCCCUCUCGCAGUCCUGGCUGCGUCGCUGUCCCUCGUGUCAGCGCAGACCUACCAGCGACUCGGAACCUGCCCAGACCUUGGUUGUGUCCUGCCGCCCGACCAGUCCGACUUCCUCCCGGGUCAGCUGUUCGACCUCCGCGUUGAGGUCCAUGCCCCCGUCAACGGUUCCGAGGCUUUCAACAACGGCGUCCCCGAUGAGGCCUUCACGGUCAGCAUCACCAAGGAGGGCGCCGAGGCCAAGAGCCUGACCGAUUUCUUCGGUCUCGAGGAGCCCGAGCUUGAGAAGUGGACCUUCGGUUGGUACGAGGACCUCUUCGCCGAAGACGCGAAGCAGAAGAGCAUCGUCAACGUGGCCUCCAAGAUCUGGCGCCACAUUGCUCUGUACGAGCCCGGCAACUACGAGGUCACUCUCAAGUACUACGACGGCAAGACCACCACCGCCAACUGGGUCGUGCGACCCUUGGCGACGGAGAAGAAGGCCAAGAACGUCAUCUUCUUCAUUGGUGACGGUAUGACCACAAACAUGGUCACUGCUGCCCGCCUCCUCGGUCACAAGAGCAUCAACGGAAAGUACCAGACCAGCUUGGCUCUGGACAAGUUCCCGGUCAUCGGCCACCAGAUGACGCACUCUAUUGACAGCUAUAUCACCGACUCUGCCAACUCUGCGUCUGCGCUGUACUCUGGUCACAAGAGCACCGUCAACGCCAUGGGCGUCUACGCCGACUCUUCGCCUGACGCUUUUGAUGACCCCAAGGUCGAGACCAUUGUUGAGCUGAUCCACCGUAUCUGGGGCUCCGCCUGGGGUGCUGUCUCCACGGCCUUUAUUGCCGAUGCCACUCCCAUUGCCCUGACCGCCCACACCCGCUCCCGCUCCCUGUACGGACCCCUCAUCGACCAAGCCCUCAACGGUGUCACGAACUACACCUGGACCAAGAUGACCGGUCCCGACGUCUACUUGGGUGGCGGUGCCGAGCAGUUCUACCCGGGCAAGGGCUCUUACCUGGGCAAGGACUACUAUGCCGAGUUUGCCAACAAGGGCUACAACGUUGCCCUUAACAAGACCUCCCUUGAGGCUGCUGACUCUACGGAGAAGAUUCUCGGUAUCUUUACCCAGGGCAACCUUCCCGUCUGGCUCGACCGCAACGUUCUUACCGAGAACCUUGGAAAGCUUACCAACGACCCCACUGGCAACAAGAGCGCCGCCACCGACGUCCCCGGCCUCAAGGAGAUGACUCUCAAGGCUGUAGAGACCCUCCACAACCGCGGAGGCGACAAGGGUUUCUUCUUGAUGUCCGAGGCUGCCUCCAUUGACAAGCAAAUGCACACCCUCGACUACGACCGCGCUCUUGGUGACCUCCUUGAGCUUGACGACACCGUCAAGGCCACCAUUGAGAAGCUUGAGGAGCUCGGUAUUCUUGAGGAGACUUUGGUCGUUGUGUCUUCUGACCACGGCCAUGGCUUUGACGUCUUUGGAAACGCCGAUACCAAGUACCUCGCCGAGCAGGAGGACGAUCGCACCAAGCGCAAGGCCGUUGGCGUCUACGCCAACUCUGGUCUGUCCCAGUACACUGUCGAGAAGCCCGGCGUCAGCUACAACACUGGCCCUAACUUCCCCUUGAACUGGAACCCCCGCUACGCCAUCGCCGCCGGUUUUGGUGCCAGCCCGGACCGCCGCGAGGACUACAAGCUCCACGACACGGCCCGCACCCCUGCCGUCGCCGCCACCAACACCACUGACUACUACGUCAACCCCAAGGAUGCCGUCGACGGCUUUGUCGUCAACGGUACUCUGCCUACGAACGAGGCCCAGGGUGUUCACUCGCUUACCGACGUCGCCGUCUGGGCCCGUGGCCCCUGCCAGGAGACCUUUGGCGGCACCUACAACAACAUUGACAUCUUUUACAAGAUGGCCAACUGCCUUGGUCUCGCGCAGCCCCGCAACGGCACAGUCCCCGGCUGUGGCGGUGCCAGGCGCAGAAGAGCCCUUGAGGCGUAG